AGAACGUUUGGACGUUAUUGUAGUCCUUUUCUAUUUUCUUUGUUGUGUUAUAUAUCUCUCACACGGGAACCCAAUCCAUUUUGGAUCGAAUGAGAAGAAAAAGAAAAGCGGCAUACUGUGGAUCAGUCGCUGGGUACCAAUCACACUGUGGAUCAGUCACUGGGCACCGUGAUUGGUUCAAGCAAUGGUGGGAUCGUGGUGCGAUUCGAACAGAGAUUCGUGGCACCAUCGCGUCAGUGCGCCACGCGCGCGCCUCGAAGCCAACUGGCCGCGCACGGCACGGCGCACCGGCACCGCCGCACGGUCCCUCCCAUCCCGGCGCGCCGCGCACGCUGGAGUUGCCCUGCCGUGCCCUGCCGGGAGGCCGGAGCAACCGGCGUGCAGGUGCAGGCAUGGUAUCUCUCCGAUCAGCUUCGUCACAUCAACCAGCCACCGGACCCGCACACCCGGACCAACGGGCCCGACGCGUUUCCGCCGGGCCCCGGGCCCGGCCCCGGCCCGGAUCGUGGGUGCCACUGCUGAGAGGGCAAGUCGCUUGCGCUUAUCGCCUCGGGCUCGGGGCGCCCUCCAGGGCCUGGCCGCGACGGUAAGGUUCCUGUACGUGCCGAGAGGAGGGCGACCCGUCGCUGUGCGCAACCACUGCACGACCGCUGGUCCACGAGGUGGGCUGCACGAGCGCCUGGGACCGGCCGGCCGGCGACCGAUGCGUGCGUGCGUGCGUACGACACGGCACCGCGCGCGUCCGUCCUCUAACGGAAGUAAAAAAAACGCGACGACGCCUCGGGCGGCGGCCAGUAGCUCGUGGUACGUCGUACGCCCGUACGUCCGCCCGUCCGCGCGGUGGUUGCCGCCGGGGGUCAAACAAAGGUGGCGGUGGCGGUGGCGGGCACCGAUCCAACAGUCCGCGCCACCUCACGCACCAUGCGGCCACACCGUCAAAUGCCGCCGCACCGUAAAAAUGCUGCUCCACUUGAUCUGGACGGCUGGACCUGCUCCACCACCGACCCGCCCCCUUAAGACCCACCCCGCCGCACCACACACGCACGCACGUCCAAACGCCUCCUCCACCGCCGUUCGAUCGCUUGCAAUCGUUGGUGGGUGGUACGUGCAGGCUGGUAUGCAGGAGCCCGGGCGGCGGCCGUUCGCCGGCGCCGUCGACCUGCGCCGGCCCAAGGGCUACCCGGCGGCGCCGGCCGCGCAGGCGCAGGCGGAGGCGGAGCCGGCGGCGGGGGACGCGCACGGCGACCCGUGCCCGCGGUGCGAGUCGCGGGACACCAAGUUCUGCUACUACAACAACUACAACACCUCCCAGCCGCGCCACUACUGCAAGUCCUGCCGCCGCUACUGGACCAAGGGCGGCACCCUCCGCAACGUCCCCGUCGGCGGCGGCUCCCGCAAGAGCUCCUCCUCCUCGUCCUCCUCGUCCUCCAGCCCGAAGCGCGCCAAGAACUCCAAGCGCCGCCGCGUCGCGCCGGCGGCGCCCCAGGAGCCCGAGCCCGGCGCCGACGCCGACGCCGACGCCUCAACCGCCGUCGCCGCGGACGCAACGACGACGAAGGAAGCCGCGGCCACCGAGGACGUCGCAACAGCUGACGAUCCCGCCGCGACCCCUGCGGCGGACGGAGACGGGUGUUUCACUCUCACGGCGGGCGAGCCCGACGCGCCACCCGCGGCGGACGGAGACGGGUGCUUCGCUUUCACGGCCGGCGAGCCCGACGCGCCAGUUCCCGCGGCGGACGGAGACGGGGGCCUCGCUUUCACCGAUCACCCGUCGGUGGCGCUGGGGCUGGGCGUCCCGGACGAUGCCGGCGGGAAGGAGCUGGCGGACCCGAGCCCAUUCGAGUGGCCGUCGGGCUGCGAUCUGGGGUCCUACUGGGUGGCCGGCGUGUUCGCCGACACCGAUCCGGCGCUGUUCCUCAGCCCACCGUGAACCAUGACCGACCGGUGAGCUGAGCACGCCACGCCACGCUCCGAGCAGAGCAGAGCAUCGCAUCGCAGAGCUCACCAACCUUCUUACUAUCGUCGUCUGGCUGGAUUCCGGCUAGCAGUACUUGGAAUUUUCAUUUCACUACUCACCAGAGGGAUCGACCUAAGAAGUCGUUUGCUUUAGUGCCUGAUCGGAAGGCUAACCUAGAAGGUGAGGUGCCUGUAUAAAAACCAGUACCCGGUCUGAUCAUGGCGUGUUUCAAGCCCUGAAAAGAUUUCCCUUUCGCGAUUAGCGAACUACUACUACUAUACUAUCUCCCACUCAUUAUGCUA